GUAAGGAUGCGCGUCAUGGCGGCGGCGGGCGGCAACGCGGGUGAUCGGGCAUCGAUCGUGCUGCAGAUUUUGAGCUCUGUGCGCGCCCGCCACCCUCAUCGCCGUUUCAUGCAUCCCUCCGCCGCCGCCCCCACAUUCCGUCUCUCCAUCCCCAGAUAGCACCCGCUCGUCUGAAUGGCAGCAUGCCCUGACGACCCGCCCACCGGCCCCUUCGAGGGUCCAGAGAAGCUCCUCGAGAUCUGGUUCAAGCCGUCCCCCGCAGACGUCCCCGACGCCGCCUCCGCAACCGACGGCAAGUUCGGCCUCAGGAAGGUCCCGAGGGAGGUCUGGGCGGACAUGCUCGACAUCGUCCAGUGCAAGAUCCUGUCCGUCGCGGAGGGCAUGGAGGUGGACGCCUAUCUCCUCAGUGAAUCGUCUCUCUUCGUGUCUCCCCAUCGUCUCAUCCUCAAAACAUGCGGCACGACCCUCAACCUUCUGGGGGUCCCGCGCAUACUAGAGAUUGCUCGCGACCAUGCCUCGCUGCCAACCGUCUAUCGCUUGUUCUACUCUCGCAAGGCUUUCAUGUUCCCGGAGCGGCAGAUGGGACCUCACAGGGACUGGCGUGCGGAGAUUGACUACCUCGACAACAUCUUUCCCAACGGUGCGGCGUACACUAUUGGGAAGGUGAACGGUGACCAUUGGCUGCUCUACAUGACCGCUCCCGGAGAAGACGGCCUCAACGGGAACACAAGACCAAACACUCCCCUGCAGCAUCCACUGAACGGCGCUACCUCCGACGAGCAAGCCAACAGCGUCGAUGCGGACGACGCAGCCCCAGAGCAAACGUCUUCGACGGACGACGAGAUCUCACAAGACUACACCAUUGAGAUUCUCAUGACCCACCUUUCUCCGACCGCCUGCGCGCCCUUCAUGACCAGCCCCAAUGCCUCCCCAGAGUCUGACAUCUCUCCCUCUGCUCAAGCGAUGUCCCUCUCCUCCUCCCUUGGCAUCUCCGAACUCUUCCCACCACACGUAACGACCCUCGAUGCCUACUCCUUCACGCCCUGCGGCUACUCUUGCAACGCCCUGCUCAAAUGGCGCGAGGACGCCGGGACGGACCCCACCAAGCCCGGCGAGGGCUACUACACCAUCCACGUCACACCCGAGUCCGGCUGGUCCUACGCCUCCUUCGAGUGCAACGUGCCGCUGCCCUCCGCGCCCUCGGGCGACACGCACGCGCCGGACGGCAAGAAGCGCAUCCCCGACCUCCGCACGCUCAUCCGCCGCGUCGUGAACAUCUUCCAGCCCGGGCGGCUCACGCUCACGCUCUUCAUCUCGGGCGAGGACAACAGCAACGCGGAGGAGGAGGACGGCGAGAGCGCCGUGGAGGCCGCGCAGCGCGCGUUCAAGGCCGCGCUGACGCUCCCGUGCGCGCGCGCCGCGAGGGGCAGCACCGCCCAGGGGACCGCGAGCGCGGAGGCGCCCUCGGGGUUCAGCGGGACGUACAGGCGCACGGACAAGAUCAACUACGAAUUCGGCGGGUACGACCUCGCGUUCGCGACUUUCGAGCUUCGCCAGUGAGAAGCAGGCCCCCACGACCCAUCCCCAGCUCUCCGCCCGUCUUCACGCCUCUCAAAAGUACCAUCUAUGUAUAUCACCUACACGACCGUGUGUAACUUAUGUUAUGUUCGCUGUAUCAAUCAUUCUGUAGCGCCAG